AUGGAGUGGUUUGCUAGCGGUAACGGUGGGCGCCGGCGGGCCAAGCUGCGCCGAGGUUAUAAAGGGAGCCUUCUUGAAGUGCUCCCACUGACUCACCCCCAUAUCACUCCCAUCCUUAUCACCUCCCUCCCUCUGCUGGCUGCUGUUCCCUCCCUUGUCCUCAGACGCCGAGCUAAUAAAGGCACCACGCGACGCGACGAGCAGCCGGCCGGCGGCCAUGGCGAGCCAGCUGAAUCGUCGGCGGCGGCGGCAGCAGCAGGAGGAGGAGGAGUCGGCGCGUGGUGGCCCCGGCCGCUGCGGGAGGACGAGGAGCGCGCCGUCAUCGUCGCGGCGCUCGCGCACGUCAUCGGCGCCGGGCGGCGGCAGCAGCAACAGCCCACCGCCGCGGCGGCGCACGACGUCGCCGGCGGCUCGGCGGCGGCCGUGCUCGGGCACGACGGCCAGCAAGUGACGCACCAGUCUGGCUCCGGCGCUCCUCCAUCGACAGCGCCGGCGCCGGCGCCGCCGGAGCUGCGGCCGCGGUACCGCGGCGUGCGGCAGCGGCCGUGGGGCAAGUGGGCGGCGGAGAUCCGCGACCCCGUGAAGGCGGCCCGCGUGUGGCUCGGCACCUACGACACCGCCGAGGACGCCGCGCGCGCCUACGACGCCGCCGCGCUCCGCUUCAAGGGCGCCAAGGCCAAGCUCAACUUCCCGCCCGCCGCCUUCCGCCAAACUCAAGGCGGCCAGCCGCACGCCGCCGUCGCUGCCCCGGGCCCGGGCUACCACCGCCACGCCGCCGCCGCCGCCCACCUCCUCCACCAUCGCCAGCAGUCGGCCGGGGCAGAAGCUUCGACGCCGUCCACAAGUCGUCGUCCGGGACCGGGACCGGGACCCCUCCACCAUCUGCACGGCGCUGCGCCGGCGGCAGAUGGUGGUGCUCGCGCCCACCACCACCAGGAGGCGGAGUUCCCGGACCUCGGCCGGUACGCGCACAUACUGCAGAGCGGGGACCUGGACCUGCUGGCCGUCGCCGGCGGGCUAACGCCGGGGCAGUCAUCGUCGUCGACAACGACGGCGGCGUCAUCAUCGGCGGCGGCGCCACCGGAAGAACCGCCGCCGCCACGGCGAGAACCACCUAGCUAAGCAAGCAAUCAGCUAGACUGCUAGAAUAAUAUAAUAGUCCCUUGCAUCUAGCUAGAUACUAGUGUGUUGUGUGUGUGAUGUCGUGUUGCCCAAUGGAAUAUACUGUUGCAGAACUCUAGCUAGGGUCGUGUUUGUUUGGGUUUCUGAAAAAAUUUUCAUAAAAAGAUAAAUAAAUGUAUGAAGUAUUAAAUAAAAUUUAUUUAUGAAAUUUUU